UCUUGGAGCGAGAGAUGCCAGACUAACUAUUAUUCGAUUGUCUCUCCGGCUUUUAUUAUCAACAAAUAACUAUUGUUUUUUCAUUUUUUGAUGAUAGUUUUAAACAAUACCAACGGUGGCGAAUUACUUAUUUUGUGACAAGUUAUGCGAGUUGUGUUGUUUUGGUCAAAGUUGGGGAGCCGUUCGCGCACGUCUCCGGCAGCCAGUCGGUUUCUCGACUAAUUAGGGAAUUGUUGCUGGUAUCCAUUGUAUUGGAGUUGUCGCACUAGCCAGUCAUCUUCGUUCUCACACUAGGAUAUUGUCUCUCUGCAAUGGCUGAGGCGAGGAGAAUGGAGGACGAGGAGCGGGAGAGUUUGAGAGGAGAGCCGAGGGAACCUGUUAUAAGACGCCAACCCAGACCGACCAACUCAUCUGGAGAGAGGCACAAGGAACACAGACUGAGCCAAGGACCUCUGUCCUCCAUCAGGGCCGCCAUUAAGAGGACGUCAACUAGAUCCACUUCCCUGAGCGAGAGCAACCCCAGAGACAGGAGCCGUCCAGAGAUCACCAUACUAUCAGCUGAGCCGCUGGCGUCCAACACCUGGUUCCCCGGGGCUUCUGGGGGAUUCCCUCCGCCCCCUCCUCCUGCUGCUAUGAUCUGGGGCAGUACUAUACCUCUUACUAUACAGCCCCCUCCUUCUUAUGACGAGGUGAUUAGAGAGACGAGUCAGGUACAGGUCCAGGUGUUGCCUCCCUCCUUCUCCCCCCAACGCUCUGUCUCCACAACUACCAUCGCCACGCAGACUGACACUGGACUAGAAUUCUCAGCAGUGGCCCACGCCCCCAACCAGAGAGGCUCUGUGGCCAGGAGACCUCCAAUGCCUCCCAGACCUUCCUAUCCUUUUACAGCCAAACUGUCGCACGCUGAUGACACGACGUCGCAAGCUGAUGACACGACGUCGCAAGCUGAUGACUCACUCAUCUUCCUAGAAGACAGUCCAGCACUUCGCACACACACUCAGACCAGCAGACACACCGUCAUACACACAGAGGCGACAGCGUUUCACUAUGACCUCUUGACCUCUGAUCCUUUCUCACAUCUGACCUCUGCCCCUGGCAGCCAAACUGACCAAUGGGAGCAGUCCUCCUUCGUCCUCCCCCCUCAUUCCACUGUCUUGACAAUGCCCUCCGACCCUCCUCUGCCCCAUAACCAGCCCAGGCCACGUCCUCGCACAAAGAAUAGUCUUCGACCAAUCAGGAGAGAGGUCAAAGUUCAGACCCUGGUGAGGCUGGGACAGACAGGAUGUGAGGUCACAGAGAACCAAGAAGUGAGUCAUCAGGGGGGGAAGUACCUUCAGGAUCUCCUGGACGCCUUCAGCUCUGACGAUUGGGGCUUCCCUGAUCACCAUAGCAACGGCGAAGUAGAGCGCGACUUGAGAGGAGAAGAAGAAGAAGAAGAGGAGGAGGAGGAAGAAGAUAUGAGAGCCAGGAUACAAGCCUUCGAGCUGCAGCAGCAACAGGAGGACCAUGGUAACCAUGCAGACAGUGACCACGGAGAUGGAGCGUUGCUAGGUGGGAAACCUGAACCCCACCCCCGAGUACAAGCACUCCACAAACCGGCCCCAGUCAUCUCCCGGAAACCCUCCCUCGCUGCCAAGACUUCCUCCCGAAAAGGAUUUUGGGAAGAUGGAAGCUCACUUGCGAUAGACUUGAACUUGACUGUUGAUACAGUUACAACCUCCCAACCCACACCCACUGACCCCUCUCCCAAACCUACCGAGACCCCCUCAAGUACCCCUGUCCCAGUCCUCGCACCCCUACCCCUGCUUCCUAGAAAGCCCCCCUCUGAACCCCAAAGACCAGACCCCCAGGUAAGGCAGACAGAAGGGACCUCCCUACUCCGUCCCCCUCCAAGACCUCCAGUAGCACCCAGGACCAACGGGGCCAUGGUACCCCAAGAGAGAAGCACUAUGGUCGACCUACCAACACCAGUGUUACCCCUUGAAUCCUCCAUAGACCUACACAGCAACAACAUUAGACCAAGUGUUGCUCAGAAGCCCAAUGCCAUGUCAUCAUCCCGUAGAGCGAGUGUGGCCCUGCCUGUGCCCGGACUAGCCGUACCUGACAACAGGAGACCCUCUCUGGUCUCUAAACCCUCCAUCCAGACCCCCAUACCCACAUCCCUAGUACCCCUAACCCCGACCCUGGCUCCACCCCCAAUGGGUGCUAGACCUCCAGCCUUAUCCUCAGCCCAAAAGAAAACCCCACUGGUCUCCUCAGAGUGUGAACCUCCUCUUCCUCCUCGACCCCAGGGAGUGUUUAAGAUGCUCCCUCUCCGCCCCCCUCCCAUGAAGACUGUACCUCGUCGACACCCACCUCUCCAGGCUGUCUCCUCCUACUCUACCACAUCAUCCAAUCAGCCACCCCCUGCCCAGGCUGUAGCCGCCCCCGCUUCUACAUCAGCCAACCAACAGGCUGUCCCUGGCCCCUGCACCACUCCAUCAGCCAAUCAGCCGCAGGGUCAGAGGGCACCAAAGAAAGGCCCCCCUCUACCCCUCCGACCCAGGCCUGGACACCCCCUGUACAAGAGUUACAUGCCCAUCCUUCCAUCUCAACCCAGCGGAGAGAAGUCCCAGCUGGUCACAGCACCUGUCAGUGGUCUGAGGUGUGUGGCACAGUUCGACUUCAAGGGGGAGGAGGAAGACGAGCUGACCUUCUACGAGGGUGAUGUCAUCUCUCUGACGGAGGUGAUUGGUCAGGAGUGGGGGCGGGGACAGAUCCACGGGCGAAUAGGAAUCGUCCCUCUGGCCUUCACGGAGGUCCUUGAGGAACCGCCUCCGUCGGCAGGGAAACGUUGUCGAGAAGACCACGAAGAUGGACUCCUCAGCCCAGCCAAUGAGGGACCAGCCUGUGGCCAAGGGCGUGGCCAAGGUCCUGUUUGAUUUCAGUGCAGAGUGAAGAUGAACUCUCACUAAAGGCGGUGGAGGUGGUAACGGGUGGAGGCAGUAGAUGAGGAGUGGUAUCUGGGGGAUGCAGGAGGCGAGGUCCCCAAAAAACAACCUGACACCUACAAAUAGGACUAUGGAUGUACACUGUGUGUUAGAGAACAAGAGACUGUGUUGGAGAGAGAGAGACUGUGAGAGAGAGACUGUGUUAGAGAGAGAGAGAGACUGUGUUAGAGAGAGAGAGAUUGUGUUAGAGAGAGAGAGACUGUGUUAGAGACUGUGAGAGAGAGAGAGACUGAGGGAGAGAGAUUGUGAGAGAGACUGUGUUAGAGAGACUGUGUUAGCGAGAGACUGAGAGAAAGACUGUGUUAGAGAGCGAGAGACUGUGUUAGAGAGAGAGAGACUGUGUUAGAGAGAGACUGAGAGAGAGAAAGACUGAGUUGGUGUGGGUAAAGAGAGAGAGAGAGUGUUGACCCACCCCUCACCAACGUGGUUAUCUUGAGAGAUGAAGAGUAUGAAAAGGAGUUACUAGAUAGAGCAAACAUAUAUUUCAGAACUGAAACCCAAUCCUGUUGAAUCUACAGUUGAAGUCGGAAGCUUACAUACACCUCAGCCAAAUAUAUUUAAACUCAGUUUUUCACAAUUCCUGACAUUUAAUCCUAGUAAAAAUUCCCUGUCUUAGUUCAGUUAGGAUCACCACUUUAUUUUAAGAAUGUGAAAUGUCAGAAUAAUAGUAGAGAGAAUGAUUUAUUUCAGCUUUUAUUUCUUUCAUCACAUUCCCAGUGGGUCAGAAGUUUACAUACACUCAAUUAGUAUUUGGUAGCUUUGCCUUUAAAUUGUUUAACUUGGGUCAAAUGUUUUGGGUAGCCUUCCACAAGCUUCCCACAAUAAGUUGGGUGAAUUUUGGCCCAUUCCUCCUGACAGAGCUGGUGUAACUGAGUCAGGUUUGUAGGCCUCCUUGCUCUCACACACUUUUUCAGUUCUGCCCACACAUUUUCUAUGGGAUUGAGGUCAGGGCUUUGUGAUGACCAUUCCAAUACCUUGACUUUGUUGUCCUUAAGCCAUUUUGCCACAACUUUGGAAGUAUGCUUGGGGUCAUUGUCCAUUUGGAAGACCCAUUUGUGACCAAGCUUUAACUUCCUGACUGAUGUCUUGAGCUGUUGCUUCAAUAUAUCCACAUAAUUUUCUUCCCUCAUGAUGCCAUCUAUUUUGUGAAGUGCACCAGUCCCUCCUGCAGCAAAGCACCCCCACAACAUGAUGCUGCCACUCCCGUGCUUCACGGUUGGGAUGGUGUUCUUCGGCUUGCAAGCCUCCCCCUUUUUCCUCCAAACAUAACGAUGGCCAAACAGUUCUACUUUUGUUUCAUCAGUCCAUAGGACAAUUUUCCUCAAAAGUACGAUCUUUGUCCCCAUGUGCAGUUGCAAACCGAAGUCCCCACAACAUGAUGCUGCCACCCCCGUGCUUCGCGGUGUUCUUCAGCUUGCAAGCCUCCCCUUUCUCCUCCAAACAUAACGAUGGUCAUUAUGGUCAAACAGUUCUAUUUGGUUUCAUCAGACCAGAGGACAUUUCUCCAAAAAGUACGAUCUUUGUCCACAUGUGCAGUUGCAAAACGUAGUCUGGCUUUUUUAUGGUGGUUUUGGAGCAGUAGCUUCUUCCUUGCUGAGCGGCCUUUCAGGUUAUGUCGAUAUAGGACUCGUUUUACUGUGGAUAUAGAUACUUUGGUACCUGUUUCCUCCAGCAUCUUCACAAGGUCCUCUGCUGUUGUUCUGGGAUUGAUUUGCACUUUUCGCACCAAAGUACGUUCAUCUCUAGGAGACAAAACACGUCUCCUUCCUGAGCGGUAUGUCGGCUGCGUGGUCCCAUGGUGUUUAUACUGGCGUACUAUUGUUUGUACAGAUGAACGUGGUACCUUCAGGUGUUUGGAAAUUGCUCCCAAGGAUGAACCAGACUUGUGGAGGUCUACAAUUAUUUUUCUGGUCGUGGCUGAUUUCUUUUGAUUUUCCCAUGAUGUCAAGCAAAGAGGCACUGAGUUUGAAGGUAGGCCUUGAAAUACAUCCACAUGUAUACCUCCAACUGACUCAAAUGAUGUCAAUUAGCCUAUCAGAAGCUUCAAAAUCCAUGACAUCAUUUUCUGGAAUUUUCCAAGCUGUUUAAAGGCACAGUCAACUUAGUGUAUGUAAACUUCCGACCCACUGGAAUUGUGAUACAGUGAAUUAUAAGUGAAAUAAUCUGUCUGUAAACAAUUGUUGGUAAAAUGACCUGUGUCGUGCACGAAGUAGAUGUCCUAACCGACUUGCCAAAACUAUAGUUUGUUUACAAGAAAUGUGUAGAGUGGAUGAAAAAACGAGUUUUAAUGACUCCAACUCUAAGUGUAUGUAAACUUCAGACUUCAACUGUAUCACUUGUCUUAUAUAUAUAUAUAUAUAUAUAUAUAUAUGACUCCACUAUCAGAACAUCACCAACAAGGUAAUUCCCCCAACGGGAAUUAGGACGAUGAUCACCAGCCAUCAGAGAGUUUUUCAAAUAUAUAUAUUUUUUAUAUCUACUACUAUACAUUGGUCAUUUCAGAAUCUAUAAUCUAUUAUAUGCUUUAUAUGAGGAGAAAUCUAACUUCUUCUCAAGCCAAAUUAUAACAUUGACUAUCAAUGUUGAUUAAUAAAUGGAAGUUAGGAUUCAACCCUGUGUUUAACUGAUGUGUUAUAUUCCUGUAUAUCAGUUUAAUCCCAAUAAAAUCAUCAUUAAAUGUUGUAAUACAA